AAAGGGAACCUUUCAGGAGAAUGCCUAACUGAUUUCUGGCUAGGAAUUGUGCGGUCGGCGCGUUCCCGGGUUCGGUUGGAGCAAUCCAAAGCGCCGACUGCGUACUGGAGCCGUAGCGACUCCGAGGUCUCAUCGGUAGGUUGAGAAAUCAUCUUAAUGUGAGUUACCACCAGCCUUUAGAAGAAGGAGCAGGAUGGAACAGAACAGAAUACAGAGUGAAAGUAUAAAAUUAUGAUAAAAUAACAAAAUUAGACAGUAUAGUUUUACCUGUUAACAGUAACCAGCAGAUGCCUCUGAAUGUAAAGAUCACAGAUUGAAGGCUGGCAAGAUGGGUCAGUGUGUGGGGUCACUUGGCUGCCAGGCCUAGUGAUCGAGUUUGAGUCCCAGGACCCAUAUGAGAAGAGAAUUUACUCCUUCAAGUUGUCCUCUGACUUGUAAUACAUGUACGCUGUAGCAUUCCCAUGCAUACCUCCUCUCCCCUACAUAGAUAUCACAAGUCUAGCAGGCAGAGUGCAGUGGAAGCCUCUGGUGCUGCCGUCAUGCCGUUCCCGUUUGGCAAGUCUCACAAAUCUCCAGCAGAUAUUGUGAAGAACUUGAAGGAGAGCAUGGCUGUUUUGGAAAAGCAGGACAUUUCUGACAAAAAAGCAGAAAAGGCUACAGAAGAAGUUUCCAAAAAUUUGGUUGCCAUGAAAGAAAUUCUGUAUGGCACAAAUGAAAAAGAACCUCAGACAGAAGCGGUAGCUCAGCUGGCUCAGGAGCUGUACAAUAGUGGACUCCUUAGCACUCUGGUAGCUGAUUUACAGCUCAUUGACUUUGAGGGCAAAAAAGACGUGGCUCAAAUUUUCAACAAUAUUCUCAGAAGACAAAUUGGUACAAGAACUCCUACUGUUGAAUACAUCUGCACCCAACAGAAUAUUUUGUUCAUGUUAUUGAAAGGGUAUGAAUCUCCAGAAAUAGCCCUUAAUUGUGGAAUAAUGUUAAGAGAAUGCAUCAGACAUGAACCACUUGCAAAAAUCAUUUUGUGGUCGGAACAGUUUUAUGAUUUCUUCAGAUAUGUGGAAAUGUCAACAUUUGACAUAGCUUCCGAUGCAUUUGCCACGUUCAAGGAUCUACUCACAAGACAUAAAUUGCUCAGUGCAGAAUUUUUGGAACAGCAUUAUGAUAGAUUUUUCAGUGAAUAUGAGAAGCUACUUCAUUCAGAAAAUUAUGUGACAAAGAGACAGUCACUGAAGCUUCUUGGUGAACUGCUGUUAGAUAGACACAACUUCACGAUUAUGACGAAAUACAUCAGUAAACCCGAGAACCUCAAAUUAAUGAUGAACCUCCUCCGAGACAAGAGCCGAAACAUCCAGUUUGAGGCCUUUCACGUGUUCAAGGUGUUUGUGGCCAACCCCAACAAGACACAGCCCAUCCUAGACAUCCUCCUCAAGAACCAGACCAAACUCAUUGAGUUCCUCAGCAAGUUCCAGAACGACAGAACGGAGGAUGAGCAGUUCAAUGAUGAGAAGACCUAUUUAGUCAAACAGAUCAGGGAUUUGAAGAGACCAGCUCAGCAAGAAGCCUAAUUUCAAUAAACACCUUCAGUAUCCCAUCCAACUUGAGCACUUGCUGUUAGCUACUCAGCAUCAGGCACUCUUAUCGAUUCAUGAGGAACAUUACUGCUAAUCUGCUGUUAAGUGAACGGUUUUCAUUUUACCUUUUUGUUUUUCAGUCCAGGUUGGAGAACGUAGCUGCUGCUGCUUGCACAUUAGAGCGCACGUGGCCUUUCCCCUGAUCUCUGUGUCAUUUCAGAACUCACAGACUCCAUUUGCUCCAGGAGUUCUGAACAUGGCUGGGUUCAUGAAGGUAGAUGUAUGAUGAAAGCGACAUCAGCUGACACCUGUACAUCAGCACUGCUCUUUGCAGAUCUCUGCAGUAUGGCAUGGGUACACCUGGCAUCCCAGAACCACAUCAUCCACCGAAGGAACAUGGCGUGGACAGAGAUUUUUGGAGAUGAGAGGGGAACUGUAUCCAGUGUGAGCUUUGGGGAACAUAAAGUUGACGUGCAAAUAAAUUGAUACUGAAACUUAGCAACUUCUCAAGUGUGGAGCUUCAUAAGGUCAUAAGGAAAGUGUAUAUAUGCUUUUCACAGCUUUCUAGAACUUUUUGACAUUUGAUUUUCUUGAGACUCGUGAACCUGGAUGUGUUGAAAGGAAUUUUCAACAGUAGAGCUAGCAGCGACAUCUACGUUUCAUUUCAACACUGCUUACAGGUUUCUUUUGUAUAUAAUUCUUAGAAUGCUCAUUUCUUUUAAAUCGUUUAAUUUGUACAGCAGAGGAAUGUUAUUGUAGUAGUCUGUAACUAUUACCUGAGUUUUGCAAAAAAAAAAAAAAAACAAACAA